UGCUUUGUGCUCUGAAGCUUCCCUGAAGGAUCUUGUUGGACUGCCUGGAGGUGUGCUGUGGUGGCAUUCGCUGCCCUGCCUGUCUCUGGUCCCAAGGACAGGCAAAAACCAGCCUGAAGCAAGAAAAGGCACAAAGAAUUCAAACUGUUGCUCUGAGUUACAAAUACUUCUUGAAGGAAUACAGAUGCAGACAGCGAGUUUCAUGGGGUGGAUUUUCUGCCAGAAGAUCUCAGUGAGGCUCCAGAGGAGACUGGAAUGAAGGUGAACAAGAAGUACUCCUGUCUACCUGCUGAGGAGAAGGGCAUCCACAUCAUCAACAUCCGAGCAAUCGAGGACAUCGGCUACGACCAGCAUGAGAGCACAUUAUUGAAUUCCCUAUCCAAAAACCCGGAUGCUGACUGUAAAUACGGGCUCUACUUCAGAGAUGGCAAGAGGAAGGUGGACUACAUCCUGGUUUACCACUACAAGAGGUCCUCAGCUGGGAAGACUCUGGCCAGGAGAGCUCAGCAGAAUGAUGCCUGUGUUCGAAGCACCAAGCAGGACCAGCCACUCCCUGGGAAGGGGGUGCAGCUGGAGAUGGGGGAGAGUGAGCCUCACAUGGAUUACCACGAGGAUGACAAGAGGUUCCGCAGGGAGGAAUAUGAAGGGAAUCUUGUGGAGGCUGGGCUGGAGCUGGAACGUGAUGAAGAUACUAAAAUCCAUGGGAUUGGAUUUGUAAAAAUACAUGCACCAUGGAAUGUACUGUGUCGAGAGGCAGAAUUCCUUAAGCUCAAGAUGCCCACAAAAAAGAUGUAUCAGAUCAACCAGACCCAUGGCCUCCUGAAAAAGAUUAAUUCUGUGAUUCAAAAAAUAACGGAGCCCAUCCAGCCAAAAGUAGCAGAACACAAACCUCAGACAGUGAAGCGCCUCUCCUACCCCUUCUCCAGAGAGAAGCAGCACUUAUUUGAUUUGUCUGACAAAGAUACCUUCUUUGACAGUAAAACGAGAAGCACUAUAGUUUAUGAAAUAUUGAAAAGAACGACAUGUACCAAAGCAAAAUAUAGCAUGGGGAAAGGAGAGGGAAGAAAGAAGGAAACUGCCCUUUUAAAUAAAAGACGAAAAUGUGGUAAAUAUGGGAUCACCAGCCUGCUUGCCAAUGGAGUUUACAGUGCUGCAUAUCCUCUGCAUGACGGUGACUAUGAAGGUGAAAACGUGGAGCCCAACGACAGAAAACUCCUGUGUGAGGAGUGGGCCAGCUAUGGAGUGUUUUAUAAAUACCAGCCCAUCGACCUGGUGAGAAAAUACUUUGGAGAGAAGAUCGGGCUAUAUUUUGCCUGGCUGGGAGUUUAUACACAAAUGCUUAUUCCAGCUUCAAUUGUAGGGAUUAUCGUUUUCCUGUAUGGCUGUGCAACUGUGGAUGAGAAUAUACCCAGUAUGGAGAUGUGUGACCAGAGAAACAACAUCACCAUGUGUCCCUUGUGUGACAAAACGUGCAGUUACUGGAAGAUGAGCUCUGCUUGUGCCACUGCCCGUGCGAGUCAUCUGUUUGAUAACCCUGCAACUGUCUUCUUCUCAGUCUUCAUGGCUCUCUGGGCUGCCACCUUUAUGGAGCACUGGAAGAGAAAACAGAUGCGUCUCAACUACAGGUGGGACCUGACUGGGUUUGAAGAGGAGGAGGAGGCAGUCAAGGAUCAUCCAAGAGCAGAAUACGAAGCGAAAGUUUUAGAAAAAUCACUGAGAAAAGAACACAAACAUAAAGAGAAGCACCGAUAUUUUCCAGAGGAGACAGCAAACAAAUGGAGACAAAGAACAGAUAAAGAGAAACUGACAUGGAAGGACCGUUUUCCAGCCUAUUUAACCAAUUUUGUUGGCAUCAUCUUCAUGGUUGGGCUGACGUUCGCCAUCGUGUUUGGAGUGAUCAUCUACAGGAUCUCCACAGCCGCUGCCCUGGCCAUCAGCUCCACACCCUCAGGGCGCUCGAGCGUCCGUGUCACCGUCACCGCCACCGCCGUCAUCAUCAACUUGGUGGUCAUCAUCAUCCUGGACGAGGUGUACGGCUGCAUCGCCAGGUGGCUCACGCAGAUUGAGGUACCAAAGACUGACAAGAACUUUGAGGAGCGGCUGAUUUUCAAGGCUUUCCUGCUGAAAUUUGUCAAUGCCUACACCCCCAUUUUCUACGUGGCUUUCUUCAAAGGCCGAUUUGUUGGACGUCCAGGUGAUUACGUCUACAUUUUCCAUUCCUUCCGAAUGGAAGAGUGUGCCCCAGGAGGUUGCCUAAUGGAGUUGUGUAUCCAGCUCAGUAUUAUCAUGUUGGGCAAGCAGCUGAUCCAGAACAAUUUGUUUGAGAUUGGCAUCCCAAAAAUGAAGAAGUUUAUACGAUACUUGAAAUUGAAGCGUCGGCGUUCUCUAGACCAUGAAGAGCACAUGAAGAAAAAGCAGCGCUAUGAAGUGGACUAUAACCUGGAGCCCUUUGCUGGACUCACCCCUGAGUACAUGGAAAUGAUUAUCCAGUUUGGGUUUGUAACUUUGUUUGUUGCGUCCUUCCCUCUGGCACCUUUGUUUGCUUUAUUGAACAACAUCAUUGAAAUCCGUCUGGAUGCCAAAAAAUUUGUUACUGAGCUGAGGAGACCGGUAGCAGUGAGAGCAAAGGAUAUAGGAAUUUGGUAUAAUAUCCUCAGAGGUAUUGGAAAGCUUGCUGUAAUCAUAAACGCAUUUGUGAUCUCAUUCACAUCCGACUUCAUUCCACGCCUCGUGUACCUGUACAUGUACAGUGAGAAUGGCACCAUGCAUGGCUUCGUCAACCAUACACUAUCCUCUUUUAAUGUCAGCGAUUUCCAAGCAGGAACAGCUCCCAACGACCCCCUGGAUCUUGGCUACGAGGUUCAGAUAUGCAGGUACAAAGAUUAUAGAGAGCCCCCCUGGUCUGAAAACAAAUAUGACAUUUCAAAGGAUUUCUGGGCUGUCCUAGCAGCAAGAUUGGCAUUUGUGAUAGUUUUCCAGAACCUGGUCAUGUUCAUGAGUGAAUUUGUUGACUGGAUUAUCCCAGACAUUCCCAAGGACAUUAGUCAACAGAUUCACAAGGAGAAAGUUCUCAUGGUGGAGGUCUUCAUGAGGGAAGAGCAAGGGAAGCUGCAGAUGCUGGAAACCUGGAAUGAUAAGGACAAGAAAAAAGGGGAAAACUGUAACAACCACAGCCCCAGGCUCUCCAGGAGCUGCAGUGGGAGCUUGUCCUCCUGCCAUUCCUAUCCUCUGGACGUUUAGGAGAGAAGGGAGCUGAGUCUGUCGGGGCAUUCCAGAGACAAAAGCCAUGGCGCCAAGGGCAGGACUCCGGUAACGGACACCCCGGUGCAUGUUGAAGGAUGUGCUGCCAUUUCACUCCCAUCUUUGUGAGAAAUGCCCUUCUCGCAAAUAUGGAGGACCACAUUCUAUUUCUGACAAUGUUGGAUUUUUUUUUUUUGUUUUUUUUCCUUUUGCACAAGCAGUAAUGCAGGGAGUUUUUAUAUUUCAUCCUUAGGUAACACUAUUGAUGUUGGCGUGCAUUAAGAAAUGCAGGUACUUAGGACAAUAUUGCUAGAGACAUUCUCUGAGAAUCUGAUCUUAGCCUAUCAAUUAGCCAAUGAAAUAAAGGUAAAUUUGAAGUAAUAAUAAUAAUAACGAUAAUAAUAAUAAUGCUAACUUGAACUAUUUUUGGAAACCCAUUUUCGAAGGUCCAUGAGGUAAUUGUCUAAAUUAUAUGAAAAAAACCAGUAUUCCCUAGUAUUCCAUAAAGCCUACCAGACUGACUUGCUUCACAAGGCUGGGUUUAGCUCUGUGAAUCUGAGCUUUGGAGUCCCACAGGUGUGGGGGGCACUUGUGGCAGCCUGCUGUGUUCCUCAGACCAUCCCUGGGGCACCACUGUGUCCAGAAACAUCAGCGCAGGGAAUCUGAGAAGUGCUUUCUUGGCAGCAACAGCAGCAGCAGCACAAUUCCAGAGAUCCUCCCAGCAGGUCCAUGGUCAUGGAGCAUUUUGUUAAAUGCCCUGAGUUAAUGAGCACACGGAGAACUCCAGUGACUCUCACUGCCCUGCCAAGCACUCAGACACUGCUGUUGCUGAGUUCCCUUCCCCCUGUUGUUUCAGCACACCCCUGUUCCCAGCCUGGCUUUUCCCUGUAGCCCUGUGGAGCAGAAGGAAGUGCUUGCACCCGUGUUUCACAGCCAGCUUUUCCCACUGACUUUCUGCUGUUGGCUGGCACUUCCCAGAGUCUUUGCCAGAGGAGUAAAUCCCAAAUGUAUCCCACUUACUGUCUUCAGUGGAAGUUUUGCCUGCACUGGGGCUACAGGACCAGACCUUCAGUUAUAGGAUUAGUUACAGGACUUUUGUCUUAAAAUACCUUAUUCUUUUGUACAAGGAGCUUUUCCCUAAAGUAUAAGUCUGAAAUCCUUACUUACCAUGAUACUAGUUAAAUCCCAUCAGUACAGCUCUUUUCAAGCAUAAUAUGUUUUAGUUUUGCUUUGUUGACCAAUAAACUGCACUUCCAAAUAAUAUUGGUGCAAUUAACCUAAUUUCUUUUAUUGCUUUGUCUUUUCCAUGGCACUUGCAUUAUAAAAUUGAAAAAGAAACUAAAAAGGAAAGAUUUCUUUAAAGUCUAGCUACUGUAUGGUUUGUUACAAAACCAAGCUGUUUUCAAGAGAAGUUAGUUAUUUCUUUUUUUCUUUAAUUUUUCCUUUGCCAAACUAAUUUAAAGAUUAAUGCUAGAACUCUAAAAAGAAUGCCAUAUAUAGCUUUUGAUAUAUUUAUUUGUUUUAAUGUAUGUGACAAACUUGAUAUUUUUCUGUAGUCUGUCCAAAGAAAGUACCAGAAGAGAAAUUAUGUGGAAGAAAGAAAAUGGUAUUAACCAAAUAUUCUUGAAGCUUAUUUAAAAUAUUGAUCCAACCAAAGAUUUUUAUUAAUAAAGGGCUUAUAUUUUGUUAACUCUUGUUUCUGUUGUAUUUUGACUUGCAGGAAUGUCACUAUUUUUAAAAUUUGUAACUUAUGAUAGAGUGUUCCUGUAGGGCAAAAUCCUGCCUGAUUCAUUCCCACAUAAAUGUAAUGCCUGGUAGUAAAUGUUUACCAGAUCAGGCCCACUGACUGCAAUAGGACUGGGAGUGGGGAGAAAUCAAGCAGAAUUCUGUCCACACAUUCUGUUGAAAACCUGUUCUUCCUCUCAUUCCUUGGUAGCCCAAAAGAUACAGGAGAAAGCCAAACUACCUAUUCUGAAGAGAAAUCUUAGGGAUUGUCCUCGAAGGGGAUUUAAUCUGUAAAUACUGACCUGAAAGUGUUCCCGACUUAAUACUGACAUUCCUGUAAAUGGUGGAACUAUAUCCUCAACACAUACUUAUCCGAAUUUUUCAUUAUUUGCUGAAAUCAUGGAAUAGUAGCAGUUGCCUAUACUUUCUUUUGUACAGUAAAUUGUUUGAAAUGGAAUUUUGUAUAUAAAAAUCUGUAUUACUACUCAGAUAUCUAUAAAAUUCUUUCAUGGAAUCAUUUUUUUAAAAAAGAAAAUAUAUACUAAAUCUGUUUUAUUUUGGUUUGUAUAUUUUUUUUUCCUUUUUCUUUGAAGACUUAUUUGAAAUAAACUUAAAUAUCCAAGAGUU